CUUCAGUUCAACAUUCCAACGCUCUCAGCAAGAUAAUCUAGUCAUAAUGGCUGACGUUCCUCUGACAAAAGAGAUUUUCCACUAUGCACAGGAACAUGUCCUCCAAUCCGUCUCCGUAACGACAUGGCCAUCUGCCAGCGAUGCUGGCUACUGGGUGAUCUACAUCCACGGAGGCGCCUGGCGCGACCCAACCGAGACAUCCUCCGCCUUUGACCUAGCAUCAUCCAUCCUCCUCGCCAACCCAGAAACAACUCGAACACCCAGUGAAGGCAAAGGGACACUGGCAUCCAUAAAAGGUCUUGCGUCCAUUUCGUACCGGCUCAGUGCACACCCGAACUUCCCCCAAGACCGUACAAGCACACCCGUCAACGAGUUCAGAUAUGCCAAACAUCCCGAUCACGUUAGCGACGUGGCAGCGGCUGUGUCGUUCUUGCAGCAGAAGUACAGGUUCAGAGAGAGGUAUAUACUCGUUGGACAUAGUUGUGGGGCAACAAUGGCGUUUCAGUGCGUGAUGUCUGGUGUGGCUAAGGGACUUGUUGCUGCGGGUCAACCUACAGCUAUACUGGGUGUGGCGGGUAUAUAUGAUCUUAGCCUAUUGAGGGAUAAACAUAGUCAUAUUUUGGCGUAUCAGGAUUUCAUUGAGGGUGCGUUUGGGAAGGAUGAGAUGGGUGUCUGGGAUGCUGUGUCGCCGGCUCGUGUGAAGGGAGAGGAUGGGGUUGAAACGGGGUGGGAGGGUGGAAGGCUUGCUGUUCUGGCUAGAUCUGUGGAUGAUGAAUUGGUGGAUUCUAGUCAGGUCGAGGCCAUGGGAGAGACGCUGGCGUAUUGGGAAAAGGCUGGUUCCCAGGGCAAAAGGAAGGUCGUCGUACUUCCGCUCCACGGUACUCAUGAUGAUGCCUGGAAAAAGGGCGAGGAACUGGCCAGGGCUAUCACCGUUGCACUGCGAGAGUUGCAGACAAUGGGACUAGGCUGGUCGCCUUGAUGGCACGUUACAUCUGCCACGAGGUACGGAUGGUAAUGAACCUGUACAUACAUGAUACAUCGCUUUACUUUAUUCCACCAUGAUAUCGACUGGG